AUGUCUGAUCCAUUCAACGACACUACACAACCACAACAAAACACUUCCGGUGACAAAAGUCUCACAUGCUCCGUAUUGGUGUUGGCCAUCUUGUCCACCGUCUUCGGAUGGGUUGGAGCUACUAUCAUCUUCUUCUUGGAGAAGAGAAACGUGUUCAUCAGAGCUACUUGCCUCCACUGCAUCAUUAUCACCGCUCCACUCUUCUUACUCACUUUGUUCCUUUUGAUCUUCUAUUGGGCCGGAAUGUUCUUCAUUGUCACUUUCUGGAUCUUCUUUGUCAUCUGCAUCUUGGUCAAUAUCACUUUGGUCGCACUCGCAGUCUGGAAGUCAUCUUCGGAAGACUUCUUGGGUAUCCCAUUACUCGACAAAUGGAUUGUCUCUAAGGUUUAA